GAGAGAGAGAGAGAGGAGAGGAGAGCUCCGUCUCUCCCGGUUCACUUGGCAGUCUUGUUGCGGGCUGCUGUGCUGUUGCUGUCGUGGCGUGGCUGGUCGCGCCAGGCGGGGGAACUUCACCACACUGGAGCCCGGAGUCCCACUCUCUCACCUGCGCAGUUCGGAGCUGCCAUGGGUCUCUUUCCUGGAUUUACUGUCCUAAUCAUUCUACCGGCCUUUCUGCUGCAAACCAGCGGCCUUUACAUCGCCAGUAGCGUUGACUCCCUGCAGCAUGUCCUGGGGGAGUAUGGACUGGUGAGGCCAAUGAGUGUGGAUGCAGAGGGCCACUUCCUGUCGCAUGCUGUCUCGGCAGGCCAUACGGUAGGAGGGCAGCCCCGUAGGCGCCAGAAGAGGGAGGUAGGAGGAGGCAAUGAAGAGUGGGAAGAACCGAGAGGAGCGGACGAAGACCGAGAGCCGGCGGCCCGCCAAGAAAGGCUCUACUACAACGUCACCGUCUUUGGCCGGGAGUUCCACCUGCGCCUGCGCCAUAACGCCAGGCUGGUGGCCCCCGGAGCCAAGAUGGAGUGGCGCGACGACGACGAUAGCACACGGCACUUUGAGAAGCUGCAAGAUGACUGCUUGUACGUGGGGGACAUCACAGACACGCCAGGAGCCACGGUGGCCAUCAGCAACUGUGACGGCUUGGCUGGUAUGAUCAGGACGGAGCAAGACGAGUACUUCAUUGAGCCUGCGGAAAGAGGCGACGGAGUGAUUGAAGAGGAGGCAGGGGGAGGAAGAACGCACAUCGUCUAUCGCUCUUCAGCCGUAAAGAAGCCGCCCAUCGACAGCACAGCGGGAGACUCCCACUCCAGAGGUGCAGAUCUUGGUGGUCUAAUGGAUCUGGAGUCUCUCUACAGAGGCGUGGAACAGAGCAUCAACAACACCCGAGCAAGACGCGCUCGCAGGCAGAGCAUGGACCGGGCCUACAACAUUGAGGUUCUGCUGGGCGUCGAUGACUCUGUGGUCCAGUUUCACGGGAAGGAAAAUGUCCAAAAGUAUCUGCUGACGCUCAUGAACAUAGUCAAUGAGAUCUACCAUGACCAAUCUCUGGGGGCAAAAAUCAAUGUGGUGCUGGUGCGGAUUAUCAUGUUGGGCUAUGGAAAGUCCAUGACUCUCAUUGAGAGGGGUAACCCUUCCCAAAGUCUGGAGAACGUGUGUCGCUGGGCCUUUCUACAGCAGAAGCAGGACAUUGGGGAUGCCGAGUAUCACGACCACGCCAUCUUCCUCACACGGCAGGAAUUCGGCCCCACAGGCAUGCAGGGUUAUGCGCCAGUGACGGGCAUGUGCCAUCCAGUAAGAAGCUGCACUUUGAACCACGAGGAUGGUUUCUCUUCUGCCUUUGUGGUAGCACAUGAGACUGGACAUGUGCUGGGCAUGGAACACGACGGUCAGGGGAACCGCUGUGCUGAUGAGGUGCACAUGGGGAGCAUCAUGGCCCCGUUGGUUCAAGCUGCCUUUCACCGUUUUCAAUGGUCCAGGUGUAGCAUGCAAGAGCUGGGACGCUACCUCCAUUCCUAUGACUGUCUCCGUGACGACCCUUUUGACCACAACUGGCCAUCGCUGCCACAGCUUCCUGGUUUACACUACUCCAUGAAUGAACAGUGCCGCUUCGACUUUGGUGCGGGCUACACCAUGUGUACUGCGCUACAAAAGGCAGGCCUUUCAGGAACGCAGUAUCGCACCUUUGACCCAUGCAAGCAGCUAUGGUGCAGCCACCCAGACAAUCCCUUCUUCUGCAAGACCAAGAAAGGACCGCCCAUCGAUGGCACUAUGUGUGGAAAUGGCAAGCAUUGUUUCAAAGGUCACUGCGUCUGGCUGACAGCCGACAUCAUGAAGCAAGAUGGAAACUGGGGUUCAUGGAGUGAAUUUGGACAGUGCUCUCGCACAUGUGGUGGCGGAGUUCAGUUUCGCACACGCGACUGUGACAAUCCAAGACCAGUCAACGGAGGCCGCACCUGCGUGGGGGCGACAUACCAGUUCCAGAUGUGCAACACCAACGAGUGCGAGGACAUCUACAGUGACACGCGAGAGGAGCAAUGCCACGCUUGGGACCCUCGUUUGGAACAACCCAGCAACAAGCAGUGGCUGCCCUAUGAACACCCAGACGCAAACAAACGCUGCCACCUGCAUUGCCAGUCCAAGGAGACGCAGGAUGUGGUCUUCAUGCAGCGGAUGGUCCUGGACGGCACGCGUUGCUCAUAUAAAGACCCCCACAGUGUGUGUGUGCGGGGGGAGUGUGAGAAAGUGGGCUGCGACGGUGUGGUGGGCUCCUCGAAGCAGGACGACAAGUGUGGCGUUUGUGGAGGGGACAGCUCGAGCUGCAAAACCUUCAAGGACACAAUCACCCGCACUGUCAAGAAGCAAGGUUUCCUCAAAGUUCUUGAAAUUCCCAGAGGGGCGCGACACUUGCUGAUCCAAGAGCUGAAAUCUACCUUACACACUUUUGCUGUGAAAAAUGUGGCUUCAGGACUGUUUUUCAUAAAUGGGGAAAAUCAAUACCCCCAAUCAAAAUCGGUCAUAGAAAAGGGGGUGGAGUGGGAAUAUGAAAAUGACAAAGACAAGGAGACACUUCAGACUACAGGCCCUCUCAGACAUGGAAUUCUGAUCAUGGUGAAAACACAUGGUGAUGAGGAUGUAAAUUUCUCCUAUAAGUACAUGAUGAACAUGAACAGUGAUUCUGCCAUCCAAAACAACAUCCUGGUGGAGGACAGCGCCUAUGAGUGGGCCCCGAAGAGAUGGUCCUACUGCUCCAAGCCAUGUGGUGGAGGGAAACGAUACCUGCGAUAUGGCUGCAGAAGAAAAGUAGACAGUAAGAUGGUCCACAAAAGCUUUUGUAACAAGUCCAACAUGAAACCUCGGGGAGACAUUCAAGACUGCAACCAGAAGCCCUGCCCUCCACCCAUUUGGGUGGCAGGGGAAUGGCAGAACUGCAGCAAGCCGUGUGGAAAGACCGGGAUGCAAGUCCGCUUAGUUAGCUGUGUCCAACCGUCGGACGACAACACCACCAGGGCUAUCCAUAAUAAAUAUUGCAACGACGACCGUCCGGAAACGCGCAGGUCUUGCAACCGGCACGCCUGUCCAACCCAGUGGAGGGUCGGACCAUGGUCCCAGUGCUCAGUGACCUGUGGUAACGGGACUCAGCAGAGGCAGGCUGUGUGCCACACCAGGGACAACACCAUCGGCCUAUGUCUGGACAGUAAGCCCGACACCAUCAGAAUGUGUCGGAUGGAUCCAUGUCCGAAGGGCUCGUCAGAUCUCAACAAGAACGGCAACAUCCUGAUCCAAUGGCUGUCCCGCCCCAGCCCCAACUAUCACAAGAGCUCCUCACGUCGCCGUUGUCAUGGAGACCGUUCUGUGUUCUGCCGUAUGCAGAUGUUGAACCGCUACUGCUCUCUACCAGACAUUCAGCGUCUAUGCUGCAAGACCUGCAGCAAUUUUACAGUCACGGUGUCCGAAACGAACUCUACAUCAACCCCCAUCUCCUCCACCCAAUCCCCCGUCACAGCUCAUCCACCCACGAGUCUCACUUCUCUGUUCACCUCCACCACCCACUCCCCCGAAGUUGCAGCCACUGUCGUUCCAGAUGCCACCACCACUAACGCCUGGACCAUGACUCAUCCUCCUACAUUCGUGACUCCGAUCCUUCAUUCCACCUUAAGUUCACUUGGUACAACAGAAAGGUACUCAAAAGCAGCUUCCACAACUCCCAUAAGUCCUCUCAGUUUAUCGGAGAUAACCACAUCAGUUGUUACAGACUUUCCUGGGGUUACAGCGGAACCCCUGCCUGUACCUACAACUGAAAAGAGCCUAAAUCCAAAACCACAGAACACUACAAAUAACCCAACCAUUUUGUCCGCCACGGGCUCUCCCACAAAAUUCACUCCAACCAUCCAUUUAAGGGCAAACAGUACUAAAAGACCACUGGUAUCCAAGCCUAAAAAGGAAAAAGAGCCAAAGACAAAAGCACCAAAAGUGAAUUUGCCAAAGGAGACUGCCAAAAAGAAUACUGCCAAAAAGGUGGCUGCACCAAAGGUUAAUCCUAAAACAAAGAUAAGCACGACACUGAAAAAGAUUACACCACCCAAUAAAAAAGCGAAAGAUUUUAAUAUUGCUCCCAAAAACACAACCACUGCAAAUACAACUCCAAAACAGACUACCAAAGGAAGCACGACUCCCAAAAAGACUACACCAGUCAAACCAAUUUCCAAAAAGACUACCACUGUCAAGACAACUCCCAAAAAGAAUACACCAGUCAAGACAGCUGUCAAAAAGACUCCCCCAGUUAAAACUGCUGCCAAAAAGACGACACCCUCCAAAAAGACUACACCCGCCAAAACGACUCCCCAAAAGAGUACAGCCAUCAAAACAGCUCCCAAAAAGCCCACAAUGAUCAACACGACCCCUAAGAAGACAACCCCAGUCAAAGCAACUCCCAGAAAGACAAUCACUGCCAAAAUUACUCCUAAAAAGAUUAAACCUACCAACACAACUCCCCAAAUGAUUGAACCAGCUAUCACAACAUCGGAAAAGACUAUGCCAGCUCACACACCAUCCAAAAAGAUUGUUAAGACAACCCCAAAAAAGUCUCCUCCAGUUAGGAAGCCUCCAGAGAAAAAACACAAGCCAACUCCCAAAAAGUCUUCUAAUUCAGAUUUGAAAGCUAUUCAUCAAAGCAAAACAAUAACGAGCCCGAAAAAGAAGAGUGUUCAUCAAAAUAACAUGACAGCGCAAACGAUACCUGCAACAACAGCUUCCUACUCCACAACAUGGGCCACUCCAGUCACAAGCCCAGAGUCAACAAGAGAAUAUGCUUCUUCCACCUUUCCCUCUACCACCGGCAUCUAUAGUACAGCGGCAAGCCUGCCUCUGCCUGACUCAAGCGUCAACAUCAAAUACAUUGCAAAAAACUCAACAACAAUAGGUAAACCUCAGUUGUUGCCAGACGACAACUCUCACUUGGGAACCACAACUCUGAGCAAUUUUGAAGAUGUCACGAUGCCCAGCGGGAAUGUGCCUUCCACAGAUGUCACAAUAAGCAGCAGCGGGGAUGUCGUUGCCAGCAGUGGAGCCAUUCAGAGCGCCGAUGCCCUGACGGUGCCCUACGGUGACGACUUGACUAUGAUGGUAACAACCAUCAACAGUGAGAAUGUGACCGAUCUGGCUUCCUCGCCCUGGCUCGACCUUUCCGAGUACACCCCUGUGAAUAACCCUGCCACCGCGGCAACACCAGACCCCGUCACCUCCCUUGCUGGCACGACUUUCCCACCCCAGCAAGGACUAACAGAAAACAAUGAGAACAACUCCGUCGAUGUCUUAUACAACAGGAUUACCGAUGCGGACAACGGCAUCUCUCAGAACAACCUGAUCCCAAAGCGACGUGUCAACUUCCGGGAAAAGACCAGGAACAAACGCAUUCAGGAGCUUCUGGAAGAGAAGCGAAAUCUUCUCCUCAGGAUGAAGAGAGCUCACGCAGGGCAAUAGACCGCGCCAGUUCUCUUAUAGAGACGAACACCUUUCCAGGCUGAGCUGCCACUAUCGCCUUUAUCGGGCCUUCAAACCACAAUUGUCUGAUCGCUAUUGAGACAGAGCUAUUGUGAAUCGACAAACAGUUUCUUUGGAAAGAUUU